CUCCGCGAACGCGCAAACAAUCUAUCUCUCUCCGGUUGAUUCAACAUCUAUACAACAUGGUUGCCAAGUCUCCUGCUUCGAAGAAGUCUACCAAGUCCUCCAAGGCCAAGUCUGCCGCUGCUACCGUCAAGAAGGCUUCCUACAAGAGCAUGAUCACUGAUGCUCUCGCUGCUUUGAAAGAGCGCAACGGCUCCAGUCGUCAAGCGAUCAAGCAGUACAUCAAGGAGAACUUCGAUGUCGACACUCCUGCCUUCGACAGACUGUUCAACAACGCUGUGAGGAACGGUGCCGACGAGGACUACUUCAUCCAGCCCAAGGGUCCCAGCGGUCCUCUCAAGUUCAACAAGAACUUUGGCAAGGAGGAGAGCCCUAAGCCUAUUGCUAAGAAGGCCGCUGAUGCUGCUAAGACCGCCAAGUCUACUGCUAAGACUGCCGUCAAGGAGGUCAAGAAGGCCGUUGCGGAACCCAAGAAGACUGCGACCAAGGCCAAGACUGCCGCCAAAAAAGUCACCAAGAAGGUCGAGGACCCUUUGAAGAAGGCCAAGGGCGGCCGUGUUACCAAGAACAGUGCUUCCAAGAAGACGGCCGGUAAGGUUGCGCCCAAGAAGGCUGCUACUCGCAAGACCACCGCUGCGAGGAAGGCUUAAAUGGAUAUGGUAAUG